AUGACUUAUACUGAGUUGCUUCCUGCUCUCAUAAAUAAGAAUCUCGUGCAAACUAGGGCUCCUCCACCUGUCCCAGAAAACAUCCCAUGGUGGUACAAGGCUGAUGACUUUUGUGCUUUUCACCAAGCUAACCCUUUGCCUCAAAAUGGAGCGGCUUCUGUGAAUAUGGUGUACGGAUGUCCUGGGAGAUACCAGGUUUUCAACAUUUGUUAUAUUAGAGGAUCAUUGGUCAGGAUGCAUGCUGGUUUAUGUAGACUUGCUUACUUUCAACAUGACCAUGCCGCAUGUACAAUUUGCUCCAGAAAUUCACGUGGAUGUCUCAGUGUGAGAAGAGACUUGCAAAGGUUGCUGGAUCAAAGGCUCAUAACCAUUACUUAUGAUAGAAAUGAGGACGAUGAUGUCAAUGUUGUGGCCCCUCAUUUCAACAUGCCUGAGCCCAUGGAGAUGAUUUAUGAUAGCCAAAAUUUCUCUGUUUCUCCUUUGGUGAUUUAUCCAUCUGGUCCGAUUCCUUAUACUUCAGACAAGGCAGUGCCCUACAAAGUGACGAGAAGUGGACGCGUGUUUGCACCAUCGCCUCAGAAAAGGGUUGAAAUUUCGUUUGGUGAACAAGUGCCAUUGAGAAAUCCAAUUGUGCGUGUUGAACCGAGUUUUGUUGAAGGUCAGUCUAGUGGUACAAACGUUGAUUCCAGUGAUGAUGAGAUUCUGAAGUUGAUCAAGAAGAGCGAAUACAAGGUUGUCAAUCAACUAUUGCAAACUCCUUCUAAGAUUUUUGUGCUUUCUUUGUUGGCGUAUUCUCUAGUGCAUAGGGAAGCCCUGAUGAGGAUUCUGGAUCAAGCCUUUGUCUACCAUGAUGUAACAAUCGACCAAUUUGGUGGGAUUGUGGGAAAUAUAACUGCUUGCAACAACUUGAGUUUUAGUGAUGAAGAGCUUCCUGGAGAAGGCAGAAAUCAUAACUUGGCAUUACACAUUUCAAUGAACUGCCAGUCAGAUGCUCUGUCUAAUGUAUUGGUGGACACUGUUUCGUCUUUGAACGUUAUGCCCAAAUCCACUUUAUCUAGGCUUACGUAUCAAGGCGCUCCAAUGAGAUACAGUGGGGUCAUUGUCAAGGCUUUUGAUGGGUCGAGAAAGAGUGUUAUCGGAGAAGUGGAUCUUCCAAUGAAGAUCGGCCCGCAUACCUUUCAAAUCAAAUUUCAGGUAAUGGAUAUUCAUGAUGCGUUUAGCUGCUUAUUGGGUCGCCCAUGGAUCCACCAGGCAGGGGCAGUUACCUCCAUACUCCAUCAGAAAUUGAAAUUCAUAAGUAAUGGAAAGUUGGUGACAGUGGAUGGAGAGCAGGCGCUAGUGGUCAGUCAUCUUUCAUCAUUUUCCUACAUCGAUGUUGAAGAAGCCAUUGGAACUCAAUUCCAGGCACUCUCUGUUGCUGACAAGAAUGUUGAAAAGAAUGGGACCUCUAUCUCUUCUUUGAAAGAUGCACGCCAAGUGGUUCAAGAUGGUUCUGCUGUAGGUUGGGGUCAAGUUUUGAGUCUACCCGAUAACAAGUUUCGUGAAUCCAUGGGAAGAAAACCAAAUGGCGGAUGCUCUGGCCACUUUGUCUUCAACAAAGUCACUUUUCAUCAUAUACCUUGA